ACCACAUUCUGGCCUAUGUGCCUUGAAUAAAGUAAAUUGCGUUUGAAUUGCAUUUACAGCAUCUCGGUUUCCUGCCAGAUGCUUUUAGUAAGUUCUUAAAUCCAGCGACAAUAUCGUGUAUACUGGUUAUCAAAUGCAUCUCCCUUCCACAGUCGUUUUCGACCUGCUGCUUCGUUAAAAAUCCUACCACUACGUUCUGGAGUGUGAUGGCGACCAACACUCUUUUCAAUUCUUUCCUAUCUGUAUGGGUUCUAUUUUCUGUCGUCUCGAGUCAAGGAAUCCCAUCAUCAAGCACUGCAGCAUCUCCAGUCCCUCAGCCAACAAGCUCGACAUCGCCGACUUUCACGGACGACACACGCUUCCGCGAGACCUGCCUUAAUUCGACAAACACAUACCGACAGCAGCACAGUGCCGCUUCGUUAACUUGGAAUGAUACCCUAGCAGAGAUUGCUGCUGAUGCCACGACGUGUGCAUGGAAAAAAUUGGAUAAACGCAAUUUUGUGCACCUAUCAAUCGGGAAAAAUCUUGCCCUUGGCUUUCACGAUGUCACCGAAGCAGUUGACAGCUGGGGCAGCCAACGGCGGUUCCUCAACUUCUCCAAUACCGAAUCCAUCGGGUUUUCGCAUCGAACAAUAGAUUUCACCCAACUCGUAUGGAAGAAUUCGACGCAGUUCGGUUGCGGUCGAUCAAAUUGCAAUCCUGCUGAGAUAGUAUCACGGUUUGGUAAUCCGGAGGACAGAAAUUUCAUGAACACAGGCGCUUUCACACAGAGUCGGACGCCUGCCCAAGGCCCAUGGAAAGGGAGCGGAAAGUUGACGGCCAACAAGCCAACUGGGCAGGGGUUGGAGAAUGUGUUGCAAGGAGAACCAGUGUGGGUUAUGGCAUGCGUAUUCAGCCCCCGAGGUAAUGUCAUAGGACAGUUUGAUGCGAAUGUUGGCAACCAGGUCUCGAAUAGCCAAUUUAGCGGCCAGGGCAUCGUGGGAAAUACAGAGAACGGUGCCGUCGCAAGGCUUGGGAGGAGCACCCUCGUUCUAGCCAUGGCUACAUUCUGUUUGAGCAUUGCAUCGCUGUUUUGACAUUGCUGAGCAUUGUACAACUCAGAGGGAUUUCGUAUUUGUUGAGCUAUCACUUGUAAGCUAGCCUGCGGUAUAAUGGAACGCUAUGUAUACCUUCUGUCCGAAUGAAAUAUGAU